AUGAAUGGCUACGGCUUCGCUAUCGAUCGUGGCGGCACAUUCACCGAUGUCUGUGUAUUCAAACCCGAUGGCAGCACUCGGGUAUUAUCAGAAGAUCCUGCCAAUUAUCGCGACGCUCCAACCGAGGCUAUCCGCCAAGUUUUAGAGCAUGAAACAGGCAAAACAAUACCACGAGGAACACCCGUGCCGACAAAGAACAUUUCAUGGAUUCGCAUGGGGACCACGGUAGCGACGAACGCUUUACUGGAAAGAAAAGGAGAACGCAUAGCUUUGCUCAUAACAAAGGGAUUCAAGGAUCUUCUCUUUAUCGGCAACCAAACUCGUCCAAAAAUUUUUGACUUCGACAUCAAAAUCCCAGGGGCACUUUAUGAAGAGGUCAUAGAAGUCAAUGAAAGAGUCAUUCCAUUCGAUGAAAGCUGCAAGAUUAAAGACCUAGGGGAGGUGAAGGAAACGAGUCUUGGAAAGAAGGUUAUUGUGGAGAAAGAGCCAGAUAUAGAAGAGGUAACCAAAAGUCUAGAAAAGGUGGCAUCAAAGGGGAUCAAAAGCAUCGCUGUUGUUUUUCUACACUCUUUUAUUUAUCCGCCACAUGAACUUCUUGUGAAGCAAAUAGCCGAGAAACUGGGUUUUUCAAGCAUUUCUCUGUCGCAUGAGGUGAUGCCAAUGAUAAAAAUCGUCCCACGCGGAUUCACUGUAUGUGCUGAUGCCUACCUCACUCCAAAAAUCAAGGAAUACAUUGGCGGAUUUGAAUCCGGGUUCUCCGACGGCCUCAAAAGUGUGAGAGUGGAUUUUAUGCAGUCCGAUGGAGGACUUUGCAAUGUUAACAGUUUCUUUGGCUCAAAGGCUAUCCUUUCCGGUCCUGCAGGUGGUGUGAUAGGUGUGGCCCUCACAGCUUACGAUCCUACAACGAAGAGACCUGUGAUUGGCUUUGAUAUGGGAGGAACUUCGACUGAUGUUUGCCGAUAUUCCGGAGCGCUUGAGCACGUUAUGGAAACCACAACGGCUGGAGUCACCAUCCAGGCUCCUCAGUUAGACAUCAACACAGUAGCUGCUGGAGGUGGAUCGCGACUGUUCUUUGCCAACGGAAUUUUCGCAGUGGGCCCAGAAAGUGUCGGUGCUCAUCCAGGGCCUGUUUGCUACAGAAAAGGAGGACAACUGUCGAUUACGGAUGCUAACCUUGUGCUCGGACGCAUUCUCCCAGCAUAUUUCCCCAAAAUAUUUGGUCCUAACUGUGACCAAAGCUUAGAUAGUGAAGCGUCCUAUUCUGCCAUGAAGAAGCUGACGGAUGAAAUCAAUGAUUAUGUACGGAACCAUCCAGAUGCAGCACAAAAGGAAUACUCUGUUGAAGAGGUCGCUUUGGGUUUUGUGACAGUUGCGAACGAAGAGAUGUGCCGACCAAUUCGGACUUUAACCCAGGCUCGAGGCUUCGACACCUCAGCGCACGUGCUCGCUUGCUUUGGAGGAGCUGGUAUUCGGCAUGUGUUUAUACACAAGUACUCCAGCUUAUUAUCAGCUUAUGGAAUAGCAUUGGCCAAAGUGGUAAAUGAAGCGCAAGAGCCAGCAAAUAUUGUAUUCUCAAGAGAAACCAUGCCAGUGAUAGCUGACAGAUUUUCGGUCCUUUCUCAGAAGGCCGCUAGCGAACUUCAGGGUCAAGGCUUCGCUGAAGUCCAUUGUGAUUACUUUCUGCACAUGAGGUUCGCUAGGACUGAUUGUGCCAUCAUGAUCACAGCCGACUACGAUCCAAAAAAAAUGGACUCGUUGAUGAGCUUUGUGGAAGCCUUCAACACUACGUAUAAACGGGAGUUUGGCUUCAUUCUGAAAGAUCGCGAUAUCAUCAUCGAUGACUUUCGGGUUCGAGCUGUGGCUUCAUCUGGGCUCGAGCACAGUGAGAGCAUAGCUGCUGCUGAUGAUCCUGAGCAUCCAAAAGCCGUAGAAACUACCAAGACAUUUUUUGAGGGCGGUUUCCUUGAGACUAAAGUGUAUGACAAGCAGAAUCUUUUGGGUGGCCAUGUUAUCCGUGGACCGGCUAUGAUUUUGGAUAAGAACAGUACGAUAGUGGUGGAGCCAUCUUGCACUGCAACAAUCACUAACGAAGGUGACAUCAAGCUCGAAGUGAGCAGUAAAAGAGAGGAAUCUCUGAGCUUGCAGGUCGAUCCCAUCCGACUAUCUAUAUUUUCGAAUCGAUUUAUGUCCAUCGCCGAGCAAAUGGGUCGUGUUUUGCAACGCACUGCCAUAUCAACAAACAUCAAAGAGCGUCUUGACUUUUCUUGUGCUUUGUUUGACCCUGAUGGCGGAUUGAUUGCCAACGCCCCUCAUAUUCCAGUCCACUUAGGUGGCAUGCAGUACACUGUUCGAUUCCAAAUAGAUCAUCUCGGCAUGGACGGCAUUCAUGAGGGAGAUGUCCUUUUGGCAAAUCAUCCCAGAGCUGGAGGAAGUCACUUACCCGAUCUCACAGUUAUCACACCAGUAUUCUUCGAAAAAAUAACAAAACCCGUGUUUUUCUUAGCCAACCGUGGGCAUCAUGCUGACAUCGGUGGUCUUGUACCUGGAAGCAUGCCUCCCAACGCAACCGCUCUAGAACAGGAAGGUGCAGCGUUCAUCUCUUUCAAAGUCGUGGACAAAGGCGUAUUUCAAGAAGAUGCCCUUAUCGAAAGGCUGAUGGCUCCCAAAGCUGUUCCUGGUUGCUCCGGUACUCGUAAUCUGGCCGAUAACAUUGCGGAUAUCAAAGCGCAGAUAGCUGCUAACAAUAAGGGGAUCUCAUUGGUGUGUGAUCUAAUAAAGGAGUACAGCCUCGAAACUGUGCAAGCCUACAUGCAACAUAUUCAAUCAACAGCUGAGGAAAGUGUGAGGAAUAUGCUUAGGGAGGUUGGCAAACGUGUGCUCGAGCAAACUGGUAGCACUCGUCUCCAAGCUGGCGACAAAAUGGACGAUGGAACAAAAAUACAGCUAACGGUCAACAUUGAUGUUGAAAAGGGCGAAGCUUUGUUUGACUUCGCUGGCACUGGUAGGGAAGUGAUCACUUCGUGUAAUUGUCCCCGAGCUGUCACCAUGUCAGCUAUAAUCUAUUGUCUCAGAUGUCUCGUGGCGAAGGAUAUACCUCUAAAUAGCGGAUGUCUCACACCAAUCACGAUCUCGAUACCGGAAGGGACACUUUUGUCACCUUCCGAAACUGCCGCAGUGGUUGGCGGAAAUGUGUUGACCAGUCAAAGGCUCUGCGAUGUGAUCCUGGGAGCUUUCGAAGCGGUGGCAGCUAGUCAGGGGUGCAUGAACAAUGUCACAUUUGGUGAUGAGACCAUGGGUUACUACGAAACGAUUGCUGGAGGAGCCGGAGCUGGCGAAGGUUUUGCCGGAAGAAGUGGAGUGCAUACUCACAUGACAAAUACGAGAAUUACUGAUCCUGAAAUACUGGAAAGCAGAUAUCCAGUCAUAUUGCGCGAAUUCCGACUUCGAGAAAACUCAGGCGGUGCCGGCAAAUGGCGUGGAGGAGAUGGUGUGGUACGGUCACUGCAAUUUCGAAGACCGCUCUCACUCUCUCUUCUAACAGAACGGCGAGUAUUCGCUCCUUAUGGACUUCAUGGUGGUGAAAAUGGAGCUUCUGGCGUGAAUCUACUCAAAAGGAAAUCUCGAACCGUAAAUCUUGGUGGAAAGAUCACGCUUGUCAUAGAACCUGGGGAUAUUCUGGAGAUACAAACGCCAGGUGGAGGAGGUUAUGGGAAAGAUGAAGACAUAAAAGCACAAUGAUGGAAACCAUAAUUCACAUUUGGAUUUUUGAACUACCUCUAACUGCGCAAAACAUUUUGUACAGUAACGUUUCUGUUGAUAGGACAAACGUCAUCGGUAAGAUAUUGCUUUGAAUGCUUUCUUAGUCGAUACGAACAUUUUUACCAAAUGAACUUUGCAAAGUGCUUUUUACCUAACGUAUCUCCAAAAAAGGAGCAGAGACUUGGUACUGUGAUUCUUUCCACCUGUUGAGAUAAAC